AUGUCGAAAAGCCUCAAGAAGAAAAACCACUGGACCAACAAAGUCCACGAAGCUGUGAUAAGCCGCGGGAAGGAAGGCGACUUGGGCUUCGAGCUGAGGGGCGGCGCGGAGAUCGGCCAGUUCCCCUACUUCGGAGAGGUGAAGACCGGGAAGGGGUUCAUCCAAAGCGGCAAAGUGGCCCAGGAUGAGCUGCUGCUGGAGGUCAACGACAUGCCUGUGGCCGGACUCACCACCCGAGACGUGCUGGCCGUCAUCAAGCACUGCAAAGACCCGGUCCGCUUCAAAUGUGUCAAACAAGGGGGUGUGGUUGACAAAGAUUUGCGGCACUACCUCAACCUGCGCUUCUCCAAGGGCUCCGUGGACCACGACCACCAGCAGAUCAUCCGGGACAACCUGUAUCUCCGCACCGUCCCUUGUACAACGAGGCAGCCUAAAGAAGGGGAAGUGCCGGGGGUGGACUACAACUUUGUGAGCGUGGAACGGUUUAUGGAAUUGGAGCAAAGUGGUGCCCUGUUAGAGAGUGGAACCUAUGAAGAUAACUUCUACGGGACGCCCAAACCUCCAGCGGAGCCUUCCCCCGCGGCCCCUCCCCUGAAUGUGAGUGAGGCCCUGUUACCCGGUGCCCGGCCCAGUGCCCAGGGCAAGAGGAAGAGAAACCAGUCCGUCAGCAACAUGGAGCAGCGCGCCAGCCUGGAGCCGCCCGAGGAGGAGGAGGAGGAGAGCCCGGUGGUCAACGGCAACGGGGUGGCCAUCACUCCAGAGUCCAGUGAGCAUGAGGACAAGAGCACAGAUGCCUCUGGGGAGGUUGGCGUGGAUGGCGGUCAGCUCCAAGCCUCCUCUGAGCCCACAGCAGAGGGAGAGGAGGAGCCCACAUCCCCUGCAAAGUCCCCCGCCAAAGUGCCCGACCUCAACGAAGAAGAGUUGGGCCCGCUGCCGGACAACUGGGAGAUGGCCUACACGGAGAAGGGGGAGGUGUACUUCAUAGAUCACAACACCAAAACGACUUCGUGGCUAGACCCUCGGCUGGCAAAGAAAGCAAAGCCCCCGGAAGAGUGCCGUGAGGACGAGCUGCCCUACGGCUGGGAGAAGAUCGACGACCCCAUCUACGGGAGCUACUACGUGGAUCAUAUAAACCGCAGGACACAGUUUGAGAACCCGGUGCUGGAGGCAAAGAGGCGCCUGGAGCAGCAGAGACAGAUCCAGAGCCAGGGCCUGUCUGCUCUGCCCCUCCCCACCAUUUACAGAGAAAAGCCCCUGUUCACACGAGACCCCACGCAGCUGAAGGGCACGUUCCUCUCCACUGAGCUGCAGAAGAGCAACAUGGGCUUCGGCUUCACCAUCAUCGGAGGAGACGAGCCGGACGAGUUCCUCCAGGUCAAGAGUGUGAUCCCCGAGGGGCCGGCCGCACAAGACGGCAAGAUGGACACAGGUGACGUGAUCGUGUACAUAAACGACAUCUGUGUGCUGGGCACCACUCAUGCAGACGUGGUCAAACUGUUCCAGUCUGUGCCCAUUGGUCAGAGCGUUACCCUGGUGCUCUGCCGGGGCUACCCCCUGCCCUUUGACCCAGAGGACCCUAACGCUGCAGCAGGCACGUCUCUGACCCCUAUCGGCCUGGAACAUCGCCCCCUGGUGGUGAACGGACGCACCAGUUAUGACCCUUACUUGGAGUACCUGUCUCUGAGCUCCCAGCUGCCCUCUCAGAGCCUGGCCGGCACCCCUCACCCGGGGGACACUCAUCUGGACGGCUCCUCGCUGCCCCCCACCACCCCAGGCUCAGCCGUCACCCCCCACGAAGACACAGGCUCCAUGGGCUCAGGAGGGACCACCGUGGGGGCCGGGGUGACCGUGCAGCCCACAGAGCUGCUCACCGUGACCAUGGUGAAGGGGUCUGAGGGCUUCGGCUUCACCAUCGCAGACAGUCCCACGGGUCAGCGGGUCAAGCAGGUCACUGUGGCGCAGGUGUUGGAGCCUGGGGCGCCACAGGGAGCGUCAAACCUGAUUGAAGGAGACCUGAUCCUGGAGGUGAACCAGCAGCCUGUGGCCGCAGCCGGGCACAACCGUGUGGUGGAGCUGCUGAAGGAGUGUCCUGUGGGAGCGGAGGCCACCCUGCUGAUCCAGAGAGGGGGGACAGGCCACAUCUCUCCAUGGAAGGCGUCCAAACAGUUACCGGACCAGUGGGACCAGCACGGGAGCCUGCAGACCAACCUGUCGGGGCCCGUCUUACCCCCAGGCACACCCUUCCCAAACCAGCCCCAACACCGGACCUCUGUGCCGGACUCCACAGAAGGCUUCGACCUCAACAAACCGGACCCCUACGACCUGUAUGAGAAGUCCCGGGCCCUUUACGAGAGCAGACGUCCCGAGUACGAGGAAGUGGAAGUGCACCUGCUGAGGGAAAAGACUGGAUUUGGAUUCCGGAUCCUGGGGGGAGACGAAGCGGUGCAGGCUGUGAGUCCGGACGCCCGUGACAAGAUUGUGAUUGGUGCUAUAAUAGAGAACACUCCGGCCGAGCGUGAUGGACGACUGCGGCCUGGGGACGAGCUCAUCUCCGUGGAUAAGAACGUGGUUGCUGGGAAACCACACAAAUACGUAAUAGACCUGAUGCACGCGGCGGCUCGCAACGGUCAAGUCAGCCUGACGGUCAGACGGAGGCUGCACAUGCCCGGGGAGCCGUGUCCAGUGAACGGCCGCAGUCCUGGCUCUGUGUCCACGCAGCACAGCUCUCCUCGCAGUGAUGCUCACGCAGCUGCUCACGCGGUGGGGAUCCCCUCAUCCACCCCCGGCCCUGAGGGAGCGGCCCUGCAGACCAGCGACGUGGUCAUCCACCGCAAAGAGAACGAGGGCUUUGGCUUCGUCAUCAUCAGCUCUCUAAACAGACCAGAGAACGCUGCGGUCAUCACCGUGCCUCACAAAAUCGGCCGCAUCAUCGAGGGCAGCCCUGCAGACCGCUGUGGGAAGCUGAAGGUGGGAGACCGCAUCCUGGCAGUGAACGGCCAGUCCAUCAUCAGCAUGCCUCACGCCGACAUCGUCAAGCUCAUCAAGGACGCGGGCCUCACUGUCACCCUGCACAUCAUCCCCGAGGAGGGUAAGCCCGCCGGGUCCCAGUCUGGCCCCUGCUCAGAGAAACAGAGCCCCAUGAUGCAGACCCACAGCCCCCAAAGCCAGCCCAGUGUAGCCCAAAUGAGCCAAGGCACGCUGCAGCCCGGUCAGCCCGUGCCCCCGCAGAUGCCCCCUCAGACUAUCCCGGCUCAGAGCGUCCCGGUGUCUAUCCCCACCGCUGCGGGGACCCAGCCCGUGCCGGUCGGGAGCCAGCAGAGCCCCGGGGCACCGACAUCUGCCCAGCUGUACCUCCACGACGGCAGGUCAGAGGUUAAGGCCAGGCAGGAUGUGAAACCUGACUUCGGCCAUGCGCCCUUCACUGAUUACAGGCAGCCCCCAGUGGACUACCGCCACCCUCCGGUCACCGACUACCGCCAGCCCCCCACCCUGGACUACAGGCACCCCCCCGGCCUGCUGGACUUCAGAGGCCACCCCGCAGCGGCGCAGUUCCCCCUGGGGAUCCCCGCCGAGUUCAGACAGGACUAUGACUACUUCACAGUGGAGCUGGAGAAAAGCUCCAAAGGUUUCGGCUUCAGUAUUCGAGGGGGAAGAGAGUACAAGAUGGACCUGUUCGUGUUGCGGCUGGCAGAGGACGGCCCUGCGAUCCGCAACGGCAGGAUGAGGGUUGGAGAUCAGAUCAUUGAGAUAAACGGAGACAGCACACGGGACAUGAGCCACGCCAGGGCCAUCGAGCUCAUCAAGGCUGGGGGCCGGAGGGUGCGUCUGCUGCUGAAGAGGGGGACGGGCCAGGUGCCAGAUUAUGGAUUGGUACCUUCCAACCUUUCCAUGUGCAUGAAAGACGGUGGCGGCCCCUGGACUGCCCUUUCUACAGCCAACUCUGCCCUGCAGGAAGUGACCCUGGAGCUGCAGGCCACCCCCUCGCUCUCAUCCCACCCAGCCCCAGAGUCCCCUCCUCAGUUCCCUCUAGAGGCCACAGUGUACAUGGCAGACACGGCUCAGUCUGUAGAGCAGGGCUCCAGCAGGGGGCCCUCAGGUGGCAGGUCCACCCAGCAGAAGUGUGUGGUCAGGGGCCAGUGUGGAGAGUCUGACAGUGGGCCUCGGCUGCUGCCUGCUAAAGCCAUCCUGAGCUCCAGUGACAGAAGGCAAAGGGACCUGUGCUCCCCCUGCUGCGAGAGGAAGGCCCUGCACGCUCAGAGCGGCAGCAGCGUGUGGCCCUGGGACUAUGUGAAUGUGAACGGUGCAGACGGGAGCCUCCAGGAGAGGCUGCUGUCCAGAGCCUGUCCCAGACAAGAGGAGCACUCUGGGGCAUACAGUGUGGAGGAGCCUCCUGCUCGGAGCUCUGCUGCUUCCCCCAAGCCUUGGGCUGUUCCUGACAAACUGCCCGGGACCCUGCGCUCCUGGACCUCCACUGUCAGCAGGUAA